UGUUACGUGACAAAAUUAAAAACAUAAGCAGAAAUGUACGAGAAAAUAUGUGUGGGUAGUUGAAAUCAAUUUCUAUUUGAACUUGUCUUGUGAUUUUGUUUGUUUGCGGGGUGAACCCUUUUACUACCCCUAUAGGAAGAACUUUUCCUUGUGAUCUUGUUCUCUCUCUAUAUACAUAACUCCUGUACGUGUUCUUCAUCAUCUUGUUCUUGUCUCACACAUAUAUAUAUACAUUUCAUUAACGUGGCUUUGCACAGAAAGUUGUAGAGAGAAGAUGAAUAAGGAGGAAGCAGCAACACUGCUUAGAAAGAGUGAAGUGGCACCUUCAGAAGAUGCAUUUUGGACAGAGUUCAAAAGGGUAGGGUCCAUGGCAGCUCCAAUGGUAGUUGUUAACAUGUCUCUGUUCCUUCUGGAAGUUGUAUCACUCAUGAUGGUGGGGCAUCUUGGGAUACUUGUCUCCUUCUCUGGGGUUGCCAUUGCCACCUCUUUUUCUGAAGCUACUGGCUUUUGUGUUCUUCUGGGAAUGGUUGGUGCAUUGGAAACUCUAUGUGGCCAAACCUAUGGUGCAGAAGAAUUUGGAGAGAUGGGAAACUAUACUUGUUGUGCAAUGCUCACUUUGCUUUUGGUUAGUCUCCCUAUAUCUCUGCUGUGGAUGUUCACUGAUAAAAUACUAUUGCUCUUUGGUCAAGACCCUGAAAUUUCCCAUGCAGCUCGUGAAUACUGCAUAAGCUUGAUCCCUGCACUGUACGGCUUUGCUGUUCUUCAAUGUCAGAUUCGCUACUUCCAGACUCAAAGCAUGACCUCUCCAAUGGUUUUCAGCUCAGUUGCGGUUCUGUGCUUGCAUGUUCCUAUUUGCUGGGUUCUGGUAUUUAAAUUGGGACUUGGACAUGUUGGAGCAGCAUAUGCUAUUGCAAUUUCCUAUUGGUUAAUUGCCAUUGGACUUGGAAUUUAUAUGAAAUAUUCUCCAGCAUGUGAGAAAACCAAGAUUGUGUUUUCUGUUAAGGCUUUACUAAGCAUUCCAGAGUUCUGCAAAUUUGCUAUUCCUUCUGGACUAAUGUUUUGUUUUGAAACGUGGUCAUUUGACCUACUUACAUUACUUGCUGGACUUUUACCUAAUCCACAACUCCAAACCUCAGUUCUUCUCAUCUGCCUUAACACAACCGCAUUGCACUUCUUCAUUCCAUAUGCUGUUGGAGCUUGUGCAAGUACCCGGAUAUCGAAUGAAUUAGGAGCUGGGAAUCCAAAGGCAGCUAAAGGUACUGUUCGUGUUGUUUUGAUUCUUGGAAUUGUGGAUGCGGUUGUUGUCAGCACUUUGUUGCUCUGUUGUAGGCAUAUACUAGGAUAUGCUUAUAGCAAUAACAAGGAAGUUGUAGAUUAUGUUGCAGAAAUGAUUCCCAUCAUUUGUGCAUCGGUUAGCGCAGAUAGUAUACUAGGAGCUCUUGCUGGGAUUGCAAGAGGUGGAGGGUUUCAACAAAUAGGUGCUUAUGUGAACCUUGGAGCCUACUAUCUUGUGGGAGUUCCUUUGGCAUUGUUAUUGGGUUUUGUCCUACAUUUCAAUGCCAGGGGAUUCUGGAUGGGUAGUCUUACAGGGUCUAUUCUACAAGUGAUUAUCCUCGCUCUUGUUGUAACAGUCUUAACAGAUUGGCAGAAAGAGGCAACAAAAGCAAGGGAGAGAAUAGUUGAGAAGUCAAGUAAUGCUCAUGAUGCAUUGGUGUGAAAUUUUUGAAAUCUAGUAGAAGAAUAAAAGAGAGUAGAAGAAAAAGGAAGAUACUACUGAUUUAGAAUGUCAAAAUGAAGAAUUUCAAUGCUCUCGUGUUGUUUAAGUUUCAUUACAUGACCAUGUUGCAUAAAGAAAUAUAUGAUUUUUAUCGAACAUAA